GGCAGCCAGGCAGCCAGGCAGCCAGCAGCGAGCAGUCAGUCGAGUCGAGGCGAGUGGAGAGAGCGCAUUGCUAGUGAGAGACGCUGUUCGACCUGAGCGCGUCGCCCUGCGCUUGCCGAGUGUGAUAGUGCAGUGAGAGUGUGUGGCCGGCCCGGCGAUGGCCCCAAGCCCCAGGGCGCCCGCGGUGUGAGCCUGCUCUGUUCAGUGAACCCAGUGCGUGAGAGCGAUAGACGCAGUAGUGGAGUCCUCGGCGCUGCCCAGGUUCGACCUUUCCUUUGACGUGGCGUUCGACAGCAACGCGGCCACCAUGUCCGUGAUGCCGCCCAAGAGGCAGCACUGCUACCUGUGCGACCUGCCCCGCGCGCCCUGGGCGCUGCUGCACGACUUCAGCGAGGUGGUGUGCCGGGGCUGCGUCAACUAUGAGGGCGCGGACCGCAUCGAGUGCGUGCUGGACGGCGUGCGCCAGAUGAAGCGCGGCGCGUCCUACAUGGCGCAGGACGUGCCCUCGCGGCCGUCGGCCGCCUCGGCCAAGCCGCCCGUGGCGGUGCGAGCCGCCCACGAGAACGGGAUGGAGGUGGCCACCAUGCCGCCGGCCGCGCACUCGCGGCCGCAGCCUGCGCCUCAGCAGCACCCAGCCUACCAGCACCACCACCGCGCCGCCCUGCUUGAGUACCCCGGCGGCCCAGGAGGUCCCGGAGGCCCCGGUCCUGGCGGCCCGGGUCCUGGCGUUCCUCCGCCCCCGCGCGGCGGUGUGGCCAUGCCCAGGCCUUUGGUGGAUCAGGCGCAGGCCCAGGCCCAGGCGCAAGCCCAGGCGCAGGCACAGGCCCAAGCUCAGGCACAGGCCGAGCACGACGCUCUGGUGCGGAGCCGCGGAGUCCCGCACGGCGCCCAGCUGGCCUCUGCGCCGCCCGGGCACCACGCCCAGCUGCAGCAGCAGCAGCAACAACAACAGCAGCAGCAGCCCCACCCGCAGCCGCAGCCCAUGCACAACGGUGGCAGGCCCAACUCCCUACCGCCGCCCGCCGUGGCGGUCAAGCGCGACCUGGACGAGGAGGACCACCACGCCCACAUGAUGAACGGCGACGUGCCCGGCGCCAAGCGCAUGAUGGUGGAGGACGGCAGCGGCGUCGGCCAGCCUCGCCCCCCGCUGACGCGCGGCGAGUCGCUGCCCGCGGUGUCCAUGGCCGCCACUGUGCCGUUCGAGCGGCGCUUCAAGCAGGAGAAGCUGCCCCUGCGCGCUCCCUCUUUCGAGUCCGGCAUGCAGCAGAGAAAUGGUAAGUUUCAGUCAUGAAGGAUAUCCGAGCCCUCCCCGUCUAACACUUGUACGUUGUCCGUCCUGUCUGGUGCCUUCUUUGGGUUGCGUCGUGUUGUCGUGAACUAGGCCUGGGGUUUAUGAAUGUCUUCUGAGUCGCGGAAGGCUGAGAGCGGGGACGAUUUGUAAAUCUUGUA